AUGGAUCAGGCGAACAAUGACAGCAAAAAGACACAUUGCUUUUCCCAGGCAACAGUGAAUGCCAUGUGGGCUGCCAGACUAGCGCCAAUGAGGGUGCAGGCGGUUCAUAAGGCAUCGACGUUCCAGGAAGAGAUGGUUGUUGCAACGAUUGCGGACAGCAAGCAUCAGGUCAACGUGGAAGUACAACAUUUUACCUGUCGUGAAAGACUCAAUGUGGCUCACUUGAACAGUGCGGCUCAUGCACUGGCCCGAAGACAUGUUGUCCUACGUUCCCUCUUUUGCUGGAAUGAUCAUGCCACAAAACAACAUCCCGGCCGGAUAUUGAUGUUAGUUCUUGGCACCGAUUACCCCGAAGCGAAUAUCAAGCUUGUCAGUGAAGGACCGACCCAGGAUAUGAAUACAGAAAAUCCCCCUAUCGACUUUCAUGUGCUGGGGUUGUCUGACGCUGCGGAAAUUCGCCAAUGGCAUGGAGAGAUGCCAUGGAGGUUGACAAUCGACUCAUUGCCUGGCCAGAAAAAUUCUCGUCUAUCACUGUGCUACCAUACCGCAAUCCUGGACGAGUCUUCGGCUUGUCGGAUGUUGCGUUACCUGUGGGAUGAGCUGCAGGCCCCCGGUUCCACCGUCGUGUCCGACUUCAUUGCAGCCCACAAGGGCCUGGCUUUCCGACGCAGCCAUGAUAUGCAACGUCGGGUUCAGGAAAAACUUGCGGGAGCACCUCCUCUCCUAACCGUCUUCGGUAGCACAAAGCCACUUUACAGAGAGGGGUAUGGUGUGACGAUCGACAAAAUGGCUAUGCUUAACCCUCGGGCCGAUCGCCUGUUGAGAGCGCGGCAGGCCCUAUAUAUGGCACUCUGCACAUUGGCCAGGACACAAGAGGCCACAUUCUUAGAGUUAAUCCCGCUCAGAGAACUACUACCCUCAAACCAUAGAGAGGUUCUGGGUCCAAUUCUAGUGCCUCAGAUUCGGUGGAUUCAACAUGAUAGCCGUACAUUACUCUCAAGAAUUGCUGAAAGCCUAUCUUCGGGAUGCGACAUUCACCACGCCUUCUCACCUGGCGAGCUGUGCUCCUUCAGUCCGAACACGGCAUAUCGACCUUCGGUGUCUCUUAUUUGCCACAUCGAGUCAUGUGCGUCCACUGGAGUCGAAGCCUGGACUUGGGAUGGCAAAGAUUCAUGGUCAGAUGUCCCUUUGGUAAUCGAACUGAUUCCAUGUGGUGGGGAUCUGUACCUUGUCCGCAUUUCCUACCACCGUGACCUGUUCACAGACAACGCCAUUGCGGCAUUCCGACAUUUCUUUUGCGCAUCGCUUGAAUGGCAGCAACAUGGGCAUGAUACAUGGAAAGACAUUACCCUCGAAUCUGCGGUUCACGAUCUUCUGAGUUCACGCCCCGAUGCAGCUGUCCACCUGGAGAACCAGAAGAAGAUCCAAACCAACAGUGAGCAUGUCGGCGAGUCUCCAGGGACUAUCAUGUUCAGUAAUACAUCGCCCAUUACCACAGAGAAGUGCACUGGACAUACAUGUUCUUCUCUGAGUAACGUGAGGGCCGAAGGUGGUGCAUGUGCGCAUCACUUGCUGGAGCGGAGUGCUAGCAGGUUUCCCGAGAAGAUUGCCCUGCAAUAUGAGAUUUCGGACUAUUUGACAUAUAAAGACUUGAACGAUCGUUGCGACCUGGUCGCUGUUUCUUUAACUUGUUGGAUCGAGCGUAUCCAACGAACGUCUCCCGGCGAAGAUCUCAUUAUCCCAAUUUCGUUCGACAAAGGUUUUGAGCUGGUAAUAGCUAUGUUCUCGGUGUUGAAGGCAGGGGCGGCUUUCGUGCAUAUCGAUGCGAGUCUGCCAGCUAGCCGAAUAGCGGGGAUCAUUCGGAAGGCAGGGGCGCCAUUCAUUCUUUACGAUGGAAAGGCUGACACGCAUAAGUUGAACGAGGUUGCCAGGAGGGAAGGCAGGGCAAUCGUUGCGCUCAACGAUCUGGUCAGGAUGCAGAACAAGCGUCCACUUCCGUCCAACCGGAAGAAGCAACCAGCUUCCUCGCUUGCGUACAUUCAGGUGACGUCUGGAACGACUGGGGAGCCUAAAUGUAUCAUGAUAGAGCACUGUAACUUGGUGGCUUUCAUGGAAGCCGACGAGCCCGAGUUUCUAGGUGGUUGGACGACUAGCAAGCUGCAGCUCUCGAAUCGCACCUUUGACAUAGCCAUGGCAGACAUAUUUGGCACACUGGGUCGUGGGGGAAGAUUAGUGUUCGGUCCAGACGCAGAGUUACUGUCCUCUCUGGCAAGAUGGCUAGAGAUGACUAGCGUAACGGAUCUGAAUACGUCUCCCUUGGUCGCAGACUUGCUGAAGGACCAUGUCCCAGCUUACCUGAGUGUCCUGAUGGUCGGUGGAGAGCCCUUCCAUCCCUCUCUCAUAAAAGGCAUCCCUAAGGAGUGUCGAUUAUACAACAACUAUGGCCCAAGCGAAACAACCUUCGUAGCGACGACAUACACUGUAUCAGAGGAGGAUGAAAAUAAGUCAAACGUCCCGAUUGGACGCUCUUUUGGAUCCUGUAGUGUUCAUAUAUUGGCACCUGAAAGCACUGAAAGGGUCAAAAGCGGGGAUAUUGGUGAAAUUUGCAUCAGUGGGUCCCAAGUUUCCAGGGGUUACCUAGGACAGCCAGAGCUUACUGGUAAAAGCUUUGUCUCAGAUCCUUCUGCGAAAGAUGAGAAAUGCAAGCUGUAUCGCACUGGAGACCUUGGACGACUUUUACCCGAUGGAAGACUGGAGUAUACCGGGCGCAAAGAUAAGCAAGUGAAACUUCGAGGGCAGCGUGUCGAAACACUGGAAAUAGAAAUGGUGAUUAGGAAGCAUCCUCGAGUGAAGGCUUGCGCAGUCGCCACAGGCGACUCGAGCCAUGGAAUGGCGCUCGUUGCAUUCAUUGAGACACAGCCAAACCACCAAAACUUAUUUACCGAUGCGACAGCUGAAGCGGGCCUCUGGGCGAGUCUGGUAGAUGAGAUCAAGACCGUUCUAUCCCAGAGCCUGCCAGACUAUAUGAUACCAGCGCGCAUUGUGAAGCUUGAUGAUGGAUUACCUCGUUUACCUAGCAACAAGCUUGAUCAGAAAGCACUGUCAGCUCGAGCAACAGAAGUUCUAGCAAGCGAAGCGUCCCAAGCGGCAUUGGAAUACGUCCAUCCACGGGACGAAGUGGAAAGACAUGUCUGUGAAGCUUUCAGCAACGUGUUUUCUUGCCAGGUUGGCAUUACAAACAGUUUCCUGGAUCUUGGAGGACACUCUGUCACAGCAAUACGGGUGGCGAGUAAAAUAAGGAAGCACCUUCGCACUGUUAUCACCUUCCGGGAUGUUUUGGAAUGCUUGACUCCGGAGACGCUGAGUGCGCGCAUUCGUGCUUCUGCGGAAAACAUACCGCAGAGCCUACCGACGUAUCGAGCUCCAGAUAGCAUGACUGUUGAGCAAUCGUUCGCGCAGGGGCGCUUGUGGUUCUUGGAACAGCUCCAUCCAAAUUUGAGCUGGUAUCACAUGCCACUUGCAUUCAGGUUGCGAGGGCGAUUGCACCUCGACGCCUUAGGGUCCGCUUUACUAGCGCUUGAAGAGCGUCAUGAAACGCUGCGAACGACAUUCGAAGUGAAAGGCGACAUGAAUGUCCAAGUAGUCCAUCCCUUUACGCUGAAAGGUAUCCGAAUAUUGGAUCUUACUGGGGACCCUGGUCACGAAAGGCUCUACUCGGUCCUUCGUAGUGAACAGACAAAGGCAUUCAACCUUACGAAUGAACCCGGGUGGAGAGUAGCCGUGGUGCGAGUUAGCUCUCAAGAACAUGUUCUUUCCCUCGUUAUCCACCAUAUAAUUGCAGAUGGAUGGUCUUUGGGGGUGGUCUUGCGAGAGCUCGCAUUGUUCUAUUCUGAGAGCCUCCGUGGGAAAGAUUCCUCGUUGAUAUUGCCGCCUCUACCCAUCCAAUACCGAGCGUACUCGCUAUGGCAACGUCAGGAAGAACAGCUCCGGCAGCAACAGCGUCAUUUAGCGUAUUGGACACAACAGCUGCGAGGCAGCCACCCGGCCGAAUUUCCGUGUGAUAAGCCUCGGCCUGCUGUGCCAUCAGGUCAGGCUGCUGUGAGGGGGAUCAAAUUAGGCGGUGUUUUAUACAGGGAUUUGGGAAGCCUCUGCAAGCGAUAUUCGACAACACCCUUCGUCGUUUUACUGGCGGCUUUCCGGGCAGCUCAUUACCGAAUGACAGGGGCAGCUGAUACGACUAUCGGCACUCCAUUCACUAAUCGCAACCGUGAGGAACACGAAGGAAUAAUUGGGCUGUUCGUGAACAUGCAGUGUAUGAGAGUCGAAAUUUCGGAAAGCGAUUCCUUUGAGGUACUGGUUCAACGGGUAAAGGAGACAGCGGCGGCGGCAUACGAACACAACGAGGUGCCUUUCGAGAUGAUCGUCUCCGAGCUACACCCAACACGGGAUAGUUCACGCAAUCCACUGAUUCAAACUAUUUUCGCAUUUCACCCAGAACGUGUUGAUAAGAUCAGCCUCGAAGGCAUCGACUCGGAACUGAUUAGCCUGACACAUGCGACAAGGUUCGACCUCGAAUUUCACGUCUGCCAGUGUGAAGAUGGCCUGGAGGGUGACAUCGUAUUCUCCACUGAGCUUUUCCAUGGCCGAACGAUCGAGGUGUUGCUAUCGAUCUUUCAGGAUAUAUUGAGAGUCGGCCUAGAGAAUUCACAUACGGCCAUCGAGACGAUCCCCCUGCCGAGCGCUACUUCCGCACUUGAUGACAUGAACCUGUUGGGGAUUCGCCGCUCCGAGUACCCUCGAACUUCGAGCAUAGUCGAUGUAUUCCGCGAACAGGUAGCCGCACAUCCAGGUAAAACAGCAGUCAAGGACAAUCAGAAUCAAUGGAGCUAUGCCAGGCUUGACCUAGAGUCCGAUAAGAUGGCGGGUUGGUUGCGUGAUUUGAAAAUGCCAAAAGAGACUGUGAUCACGGUUUUCGCUAACAGAUCGUGCGAGACCAUCGCAGCGUUCCUGGGAAUACUUAAGGCAAAUAUGGCCUAUCUUCCACUAGAUAUCAAGUUUCCAGCUGCUCGAAUAGAGUCCAUUCUUUCUUUUAUUGAAGGCAAUAGAGUUGUUCUGGUCGGCUCCGGAUGUGAAUUACCAAUUACCCACUUGGAUCGGGUAGACGUUGUCCCCAUGGCACGACUGUCGAGCGGUAUUGGUCAGAGCCCAGCAUAUGUUGAUAAUACAAUGCCUACUGCCAAGAGCCUCGCAUAUGUUAUGUUCACUUCGGGCUCCACCGGACAGCCAAAAGGGGUCAUGAUUGAGCACAGGGCGGUUGUGUCACGAGUGAAGGGUUGCGAUAUGCUCAAGGAAGAGGUUGCGGCAAAGCCAUUCGCCCACAUUUCCAGCAUUGCUUUUGAUGCAGCGGUUUGGGAGAUAUACACUCCUCUUCUCAACGGCGGCACUGUGAUUUGCAUUGACAGUAUGACAAUUACGGACUUUGAAGCCUUUUCCAACAUAUUUCAUGCGGAAGGCAUUGAGAUAGCACUUAUUACACCCGCCCUGCUGAAACAGCUUCUUACAGAGCCAUCGGCUUCGAUCUCUGAGCUCCAUACACUGGUCGUGGGGGGAGAUCGAGCAGAUCCUCAAGACAUGAUAAAAGCACGCAAGCUAGUUCAGUAUGAUGUAGUAAACGCUUAUGGCCCAACAGAGAAUACCGUUAUCAGCACCUUCUAUCGACUUCCGGAGAGCGGCGGAUAUCAUAACGGUGUACCAAUUGGACAAGCAGUGACAAACUCGAAGGCGUACGUUGUGGAUCGGCAACUAUGUCUAGUGCCACCCGGUGUAAUCGGUGAACUUGUUGUUGUCGGCGAUGGCCUAGCACGCGGCUAUACCGAUACACGAAGGGAUGUGAAUCGUUUCCUCAACAUUGAUAUUCGCGGUCAGGUUCUAAGAGCGUAUCGUACGGGUGACCGAGUUCGUCGCCGUCCGGUAGACGGACAGCUUGAAUACAUUGGCCGGUUGGAUGGCCAGGUCAAAAUUCGAGGUUUUCGUGUUGAGACCGAGGAAAUCGAGCACGUUCUUCACAGCUCAGGCCUAGUCGGAAGUGCCGCGGUCCUCUUCCAGCAGCCUGAUAAUCAAGAGGGCCGGCUAGUCGCUUUUGUCACGUUGUUGAAGGGGGGCUAUAAGCAUCUCCCCAUGGAUGAGGUAGCAAGGGGUAUUGAAGAACAGGAAUCAGAACAGGCUUGGAAGCAAAUUUUCAGUGAAGUCACUUAUGACAGCCAGAUCGACCCUCGUGAGGCCGAAGAGAUGGGGGAGUGGCUGGACGAUACGAUCACAACGCUGCUCAAUGGUGCACCGCCAGGCAACGUGGUCGAGAUUGGGACGGGCUCAGGGAUGAUCCUUUUUAACAUUGCAAAUGAUCUGCAGACAUAUGUCGGCCUUGAACCGGUGCAAUCGAUCGUGGAAUUUGUGAAGACAAUAAUGGACAAAACUAACCCGACUCUAGCAAGCAAAGUACAGCUGCAUGUCGGAAGUGCCAGUGACUUGGACAAGAUAUCGCCCAACAUCUCAAGGCCCGACCUCGUGGUGGUGAAUUCUGUUGCGCAGUAUUUCCCCAGUGCGGAAUACCUAUCCAGGCUCAUCUUGGAUCUUCUGCGGAAGCAUCAGGCCAAGACCCUCUUCUUUGGAGACAUACGUUCAUACGCCCUAUAUGCUCAAUUCCAGGUCACCAAGGCCCUGCACGGAGAAGGAGAGAUUAGUCUCGAGUAUAUCUGCCAAAGUAUGGCAGAUACUGUGGAGAAUGAAACUGAGCUGCUGAUUGACCCUGCUUUUUUCACGUCUCUAGCAGCUGAAUUCACAGAUCUUAUCCACCACGUCGAGAUACUUCCGAAAAGAAUGCGAGCGACAAACGAACUUAGUUGCUAUCGUUAUUCUGCCAUCAUCCAUGCUGUGCGACAAGACUAUCUCCCCAUCAUUCAUACUGUAGACGCAGAUCAGUGGAUCGACUAUAGCACCCAAGGUCUAAGCCGGAACGGGCUCUUAGAUCUAUUGAAGGAAGGUUCAGAAUCAGCUGUUGUAGCCAUCGCCAACAUCCCGCACAGCAAGACUAUAUUCGAACGACUAGUCGUUGAGGCAUUUUCCAGCCAGACAACAAUGACAGAUAUUGGUUGGCUACCAUCGAUCCGUCAGAAUGCAGCUGAAGUUGAUGGACUCUCGGCAAAGGAUCUUGUUGAUCUGGGCACCUUGGCAGGGUUCCAUGUGGAACUAAGUUGGGCGCGACAAUUUUCCCAACACGGAGGACUGGAUGCCAUCUUUCACCGCAUCAAGUCCCAGAAUGGACGACAAAGAACCAUUUUUCAAUUUUGCACCGAUCAUGAAGGUCGCUCAAUUGAAGAAUUCAGCAACCGGCCAAUGCAAGUUCAGCCGACCCGCCAAAUCAUAAGAGAACUCCAGCAGUUCCUGAAGAUACGCGUGCCUUGGUACAUGGUUCCGGCUCUGAUAAGCGUUCUUGAGGACAUGCCUACUAAUCAUAGCGGCAAGAUAGACAGACAAGCUCUGUCUCAAAUUGCAGCCACGAUGGCACCUAGGCAGGCACCAGCUGACAUGACCUUCGUGCACCCUAGAACUAAGUUCGAAGUGAUUGUUUGCGAAGCAUUCGGUCACGUUCUUGGAUGUGAAAUGGGCGUUACAGAGAAUUUCUUCGAUCUCGGUGGACACUCCCUGAUGGCAACAAGAGCAAUAUCCAAGAUUGUUGAGCGCACACAGUGUGCCAUCACGGUCCGAGACCUGUUUGAUUACCCAACGCCAGGAGCUUUGGCAAGCAGAAUUUCGACAAUUUGUGAUGAAAGUAGCGGGGAAGAAGCAGAGAGUGACGAAAUCCAAGGCAUUAAUGAGUUUGCUGGUUACGAGCCGGUCGUGCACGAUGAAUGGAAUCAAGCUGUGGAGGCGGCCGGCAUUUGCGCAGCAGACGUAGUGCACAUGUUUCCGUGUUCUCCCUUUCAGGAGGGUGUCCUUGCUGCCGACCUCGUCCUCAGAGACUCUCCCGCUUAUUUGGCUACCAUGAAGCUGAGAUUCGACGGACGCUUGGACGUGGAUAUGUUGCAAUCAGCGUGGCAUUCAGUGGUGGCACGUGAGGAAAUGCUUCGAACAGCCUUCAUGCCAUCGACGCAAGAUUUGUCCUUGAGCGGAAUGUGUAGUGGAGCCUUUCUGCAGGCCGUCCUCCGGUACGACUCCAACGAAGUGGAAAGGGUCUCGACACUUCGGCAACAGGAGUACAAUCCGCUGCCUGACCUUGGGAUCGGCCAUAUACCGGUUUCAUUGGCAUUGAGGCAAAACGACGUGACAGGUUUGAUGCAACCUGAAUUGACAAUGCAUCAUGCUCUUUAUGAUGAAGCCUAUCUGUCAUAUAUUCUGGAGGGCCUGUCUCGUGAUUAUCACCAUGCACAGAGCCAUAGCCCAACAAACGAUGACAGGAGCAGCCACAUGCCGUUCAUAACGUUCAUUCGCACGUUGCAACAGAAGGAUCGAUCAGUAGGCUCCACCUUCUGGAAGAAAUACCUAGAUGGGGCACCAGCAUGUACUUGGCCAAUUACAUGUGGUCUCAGAGGUCCUAUGGAUGGAGUUCGAAUCCCACAUGAAGUUCGUGCUGAAUGGAGCGGAGAUGCAGAAGCACUGUCAAGAAUUUACAGCACCACCCCGGCCGGUCUUGUUCGAGCAGCUUUAGCUUUGUCCAUUGCUGUACAUAGUGAUUCAGACGACGUCAUUUUCGGUGAGGUUUCGAGUGGCCGAGCUCAUUCGGAGUUCGUCAAAGGCCCCUGCAUCGCCACCCAUCCAGUACGAAUCCCGCUUGCAGUGAACUCGAAGCAGCAUUCUAGUGACGGACCACGAAAGGGAGUUUCAGUUGAAGAGCUCCUCACGCGCACCCGAGAUGCGUACUUAGACACGAUGCCAUAUCAGCAUUUUGGACUCGAAUCUAUUCGACGCUUGACUGAGAACCCCGACUUGCUUCCUUUUCAGGUGCUUUUCGUUUUUCAGGCACAAGUCACAAAUGCCAAGAAUCACAUAUUUCCAUGGAGCCGAUUCAGUAUUGCUGACGGUGAGCUGAAGCGUACGGACUUUCCCUUGGUGCUUGAAGUGUUCUGUCGAGAGCUCACAGGCCAUCUUCAAAUGCGAUGUGUGUUUGACCCGGCGGCAAUACUUCCAGCAGAUGCAGAUUGGGUGUUGCAGCACAUCAUCGACUCGAUUGACCUCAUGCAAAAACGUUACAUGCAACAUCAGGAAGAGCAACCCCCUGAGGCUAAGCUCGUAAUCAAGGAGCGAGAGAGAACUAUCAUCGAACAAUUAUUGGGCCACCAAGAUGGGGAAUCGUCUGAGGGAGGUGGUGCGUUGUCUACCGUUAUCCAACUCUUUCACAAGUGCGCAGUAGAAAUGCCAGAGAAGAUUGCUUUGCAAGUUCAAAGGAGUGAUUUUGUCACGUUCGGACAACUCGACGACCUGAGCAAUCACAUUGCUGUCGGCCUUGAAAAAAUUCUCAACAGUCAAACAAGUGCGACCGCCAAGCAGCGAUACGUGCCGAUCUUCUUCGAGAAGUCAUAUCACAUGGUUGGAGCCAUUUUGGGCAUCCUAAAGGCCGGAGCAGCUGUUGUUCCCAUGGACAUUGAACAUCCGAUGCAGAGGCUAGAGACAAUAUGCGUAACAAGCGCAGCCACUGUCUUCCUUUGGGAUGGUAUAAUUGGUGGCGAGAAGCUACAAAGACUUGCCAAGUCAACGGGAGCAACUGCACUGACAGUAGAUGAUCUUCUCCAGAAUACCAGCCAGACGUACAAGCACAAAGUUCUACCCCUGGACUCUCUGGCUUAUGUGCUUUUUACCUCAGGAUCGACCGGUAUUCCGAAAGGAGUGAUGAUCGAUCAUCGAAACUUGGCAUCGUUUUUGUCCUCCAAUAGAGGAAGUACUGACUGCUCAUGGACGUCGAACAGACUCGCGCUUCUUGCACCUACCUUUGAUGCGGCAAUGGGAGAUUUGUUCGCCACGCUCUGCAAAGGUGGCCGUCUCUUGUUGGGUAAGCAACAGGAUAUUCUCUCCGGGCUGAGCCAUUGUUUAAAAGAUCUGAGUGUCACACAUCUAUCACUAACUCCCACAUUGGGUACGCUGAUACUGAACGACCUUGACAACGAAGGGUUCUCUUUUCUGCGCUCUUUGGUCUUUGGGGGUGAGCCUUUCCCACUCAGUACUUUGAGCCGCGUACCCAGGACAAUAAAUGUCUGGAAUGGCUAUGGCCCUACCGAGGCGACCAUUGAAAUCGCAGCCUGCGAGGUACAAGGGCCAGUUGUUGAUGUGUGCGGAGGCCGAUCGUUUGUACCCAUUGGAGAGCCCGGCCAGAACAGACACAUUCGGGUGUUAUAUCCCGGAACUACGGAGGAAGUCCCACUGGGUUCAGUUGGCGAAGUGUGCAUUAGUGGACAACAAGUGGCACAGGGCUAUCUAGGGGAAGCUGACUUGACCGCGGCAUAUUUCAUACCUAAUCCGUUCUCCCCAACGGGACAGGGGAGAAUGUACCGUACGGGAGAUAGAGCAAGACUCCACGGAGAUGGAUACCUUGAGUACCUGGGUCGCAUGGAUGGGCAGAUAAAAGUUCGAGGAAUCCGAAUUGACACUGACGAGAUUUGCUCGGUGGCGCAGGAGCAUCCACAAAUCAUUGCAUGUGCAGUGACUAAGCUUGAGAGCAACGGAACUGAGACCCUGACAGCGUUCGUUGAAGCAGUCCAUCCAGUCCAGCCCGGAAACGUCAUAUGUGAGUCCAUAAUCAAGGAGCAUCUAGCCCAAAGCCUUCCCACCUAUAUGGUUCCAGCCUUCAUCUGGGUGCAAACAACACCCUUACCGCGUACAACAAGCGGUAAAUUAGACAGGAUCGCUAUCACCAAGAUGGCCGCGGACAGACAUAACGAGAAUUUAGAGGACCGUUCGAGGCACUCUCACACGCCUGUUCGCGCCGCGCCUGGGAGCCUAGAAGACAAGAUAGCUUCACUCUGGGCAAAAGUGCUGGGGAUCAACGAAGACUCUGUUGACAUCACUGCAACUUUUCACAAGAUGGGCGGUGACUCCAUUCGCGCAAUAGCAUUGCUUGCAAUACUUCGUCGACAAGAGCUACAUCUCGAUUUGAUAGACGUUUCACAGACUUCAACAGUGCAGUCGCAAGCAGCCAGAGUUCGACAGGGGUCAGCCGCCAAAAACAAUGCUAGUUACCUACAUUUUCACAUGCGCCAAGGGAGUAUGGCAACCAUUGUCCUUGUUCAUCCGUUCCUUGCGCAAUGCAUGGUAUUCGAGCCUCUGCUGCCAUUACUAGACGGCUCGAUUGAUGUGCUCCUAGUCGACGACCCAUUCAUGGGCACAGCUAAUUAUCCUGAAACGCUUUCGCAGUGGGCUAAUCAUUGCUUGACUGAUAUGAAAGAGCACAUUCAGACUGACCACCCUGUGAUAUUUGGGGGGUAUUCAUUUGGUGGAUUCAUUGCAUUCGAGAUGGCCCAUAAAUGGGACCAAUUAUACGGUGCCCAUUCCAGCUCGGUAGUCCUACUCGACCCUGGCACUUAUGAGGUGGAUAACAGAGUAUGGAAGGGUGAAAGUGAGAAGGAGAGUUUGAUUAUGAGCUCGCUGGGCAGAUCGGAGGUCAGUCCUCAAGACAUCCUACCGCUUCGAAAGUGCUUUGAUGGCUAUGUUAGAGCCUUGGAGCAUUCUAAAAGUCCACCAGUCUAUGAGGGUAAGUGCCUUCAUGUGGCCUUACCCGAUCGGCUCCAGGACGGAGUGGUAGAUUGGUGGAAGGCACAUUGCACCAACAUCACUCUGGGCGUUGUCGACUGCGACAACCAUUACGCGUUGAUGAAGGAUGCAGGCUGCGUGGCUGGAAUCAGUCAGUUUAUCAAUGAGCAUUGCAACGCCGUUAUAGAGGAGAACCGAGCGGUGAGCAGUGCGAGUUCAGAAUCUCGGAUGUAUGGUGGAUCUUCAAGAACCGACGUGUCGAUGGAAGAUGGAGACGUGAAGGAGCAGACCAGUCACUACCCUCGAUUGAUAGCUCAUAUCCGUAAUUCGUAUCGGAAGGGCCAUCCCAUCAACACCCAACUGCAUAAAAAUGGGCCAAUCCCCCUCGACCCCCAACCCGGCACCAAACUCCGCGUCAUCGGCGCAGGCCUCUGGCGAACCGGCACAGCAUCCUUCAGCGCCGCCCUCGCCAUCCUCCUUAACGGCCCAGUUCACCACGGCGGCACGCAAACAAACAUAGGCCCACCAGACGAAAUCACCACCUGGAUGAAAGUCAUGCGCCUCAUCCUCAACGACAACGCCCCUGACCGACAGCAAGCCCUCACCCUCAUAGACCGGCAAUUAGAGGGCUACGCCGCCGUCACAGACGCCCCGGGUACCCAACUCGUCCCAGAGCUGAUGGAAGUCUACCCAACGCCAAGGUCAUCUGCACCGUUCGCGACCCGGUAGCGUGGGAGAAGAGCAUGACGCACCUGGAAGGUCUGGUGCGAUCGUCGUGGGUUCUGCGCGUCAUAAUGCUGCCGAUUCCUGGAAUAAGGCAUUUUAUGGAUUUUCUGGCGUUGAUUGCUUUGCAAUGGCAGAGGAUAUAUGGAAGGAAUGGGGGUCCGGGUGGUGCCUAUCAUAAGCAUAUUGAGUGGUUGAAAGAAGUGGUUCCAGAGGAGAGGUUGGUUUUUAUUGAUAUUAGGGAUGGGUGGGGGCCCCUGUGGAAGGCGCUGGGGAUGGAGGUGCCGAAGGAUAUACCGUUUCCGAGGGUUAAUGAUUCCGAGGCAAUCACUCGGGCCGUGAGACAGCAUGGUCGUCGUGGGUUAAUUCGGUGGGUGUGUAUAUUUGCGGUGGUUGCUGCUGUGUCUUUGGGGUUGUAUUUUCUGCGGAGUGAAGGGAGUGCCAUUGGCG